GUUUUUUUAUUUUCUCUCUUCCUCUCCUACGGCGAUUCUCGUCGCCUCCGUCAAAUCCGUCGAAACCGUCGAUUUUUGCCGGUGUAGUGGACAACCGAGGGUUGGGUUUCCGUGAUUAUUGUCGAGAUAAUGCCAAACUACAACAGCGGUUCAUCGGAAGAGGAGGUCCCAUACUGGGAGAGAGCCAUGACGAUGCAUAAAAAGAAAAUUGAGAGGGUUAAGAGCCCACUCUACAGUACAUGCCCCGUUAAUGGAAAUAUGUUUUAUUGGGAGGCUGUGGUUUUCGGACCAGCAGGAUCGCCUUACGAGAACGGAGUCUUCAAAAUCGGCAUGCACUUUCCUCCAGAAUAUCCGUUCAAGCCACCCAAGGUCUUCUUCAGAACCAAAAUUUUUUACCCCAACGUAGGAGAUCGUGGACAUAUCUUCCUUAGGAUGCUGACUAACGACUACUUCUCGCUCAUUUACACCAUCAAUCAGAUUUUCAUUAAACUUCAUGAGAUGCUGACAAACCCAGAAAUAGGUGAGGGGGACUACUAUGAUGAAGACAAAACGAAGCUGUACAAGGAAGACAAGGCGGGGUUCGAUGAAACUGCUCGAGAAUGUACUUUGGAGCAUGCUGGGGCUUCAAAACAAAUUCCCUCUAUCUUUAUCUUAUGUUCUGUUGUUAUCCAAACUCUAAUUAAGUUUUAA